GUCUGACAUCGCGUCUCCCCGCCCACCGCCUCGGCCCUUGCUUCUUAGCGCUUCUAAUAGCCUGCUUUUUUACCUUAAUUUUUCUCGUCCCAGCAAGAGCUUCUGAUCCAGGUGUCGCGACCAGUGCUCACUUGUUAGGGGUCACGGCCAUCCAACUAAUUCGCUAGCCCUGCUUCACAGCCACAUACCUUCCUUUCCAGCCUCCUACAAUGGCAGACGAAAACUACGAGGAUGACAUCUUCGAUGAUCUUUACGACGAGGAGCCCACGUCACAACAAGCCCCAGCGAAAUCCGCACCGGCGCCCAAGGCCGAACCAGAGCACGCAGCCACCGAGCCUGCGAGCGCGCCAGCCCAGGACACGACCCAAAACCACGGCCAGGAUGGAGAAAAUUCCUGGCAGGCUCAAGGCGCAGGAGGCGAGGACACACACAUGGAGCAGCCCGGCUUCAAUGCAGGAGGUGAACAGUCUUACGACAACGCACCUGCCGAAGAUGACAACUAUGGGCCCAUUAAUGUAAAAGAAGACGGCAAGAUGUUUAUCGGCGGUUUGAACUGGGAGACAACUGAAGACUCACUAAAGGGCUACUUCUCACAAUUCGGAGAAGUCAGCGAGUGCACAGUUAUGCGUGACUCUGCGACUGGUCGAUCUCGAGGUUUUGGUUUUCUUACUUUCAAGGAUCCCAAGUGCGUCAACAUUGUCAUGGUCAAGGAGCAUUACCUGGACGGCAAGAUUAUUGACCCCAAGCGGGCGAUUCCUCGCGAGGAGCAAGAACGAACGAGCAAAAUUUUUGUCGGCGGUGUCAGCCAAGAAGCAACCGAGGAAGACUUUACAAACUUCUUCAAACAGUUCGGCCGUGUAGUCGAUGCCACACUCAUGAUGGACAAGGAAACCGGCCGCCCGCGUGGCUUCGGUUUCGUCACCUUUGAUGGCGAUGCAGCGGUAGAUGCCACGCUUCGCGGUCCACUUCAGAUUCUCGGUAAGCAAAUCGAGGUCAAGCGCGCUCAGCCUCGUGGCAACAUGCGUGACGACGAAGGCGGCGACAACAAAAAGUUUGGCCGCGGCAAGUUCAACAAAUUCAACGACGGCGGAAAUGGUAAUCAGGGCGGAGGCUAUGAAAAUGGCGGAGGAAACAUGCAAAACCAAGGCGGCAACAGCGCCAUGUCUCCGGCUAUGAUGGCUCAAUAUUGGCAGCGAAUGCAGCAGUACUUCCAGUCUAUGCAGCAAACGCUCGCUCAACAACAGGCCAAUGGCGGCAUGGGUGGCAACCCCAUGGGUGGCAUGGGCGGUAUGAACCCAAUGCAGAUGCAGCAGAUGCAACAACAGAUGAUGAACCAGGGCAUGAACCGCGGCAACGGUUCACCAAACCCCCAGAUGAUGGGCGGCCCAGGCGGCAUGAACCCGAUGCAAAUGCAACAAAUGCAGCAGAUGCAAAUGGCACAGAUGCAAGGCGGCGGCGGCGGACCAGGCGGCCCCGGUGGCCCAGGAAUGAUGAGCCCUCAAGGCGGCCAAAACGCCGGUCCCCGGCCCGCAUACACGGCCCAAGACCAGCUUGCCUUUGAGCAGCAAAAGUACGAGCAGCAACAAACCCGCCGCCAGCAGCAACUUUCCGGUCCCGCUGGCUAUGGCGCGGCGCAGGGCGGCGGUCCAGCAAGUUGGGAUGGCAUGUACGACGACGCACCUCCACCAAACGUCCCCUCUGGCCCCAGCGGCGGUGGCCGCGGCGGCUUUAGAAACAACCGUUCUCGCCAGGGCUCCAGCCAGCCUCCUGGCGGUCAAGCCCCCAUCAACGCGCCUACAGGCCCCAAGAACGCUGGUGUCCGAGGCGCCAAUUACCGCGGUGGAGGUCACCGUGGCGGAGGCGGCUUCAGGCACCAGCCAUAUGGGGGUCGUGGUGGCUAGACUUGCUAAGAGUCGAUAGAGGGAAAGAGGGCCCCAAAAACAAAAAAAUAUCUAGUUCAAUUUUCCAAAGUGAAGGGUGGGAUGUGUGUGUGUGGUGUUGGUGUUGGGGUGGGGUGAAAUGUGCACAGAACGAGGA